AUGCCGCACAAGGUCAACAACGACUCAAAUUCUACUCUAGCCAGCAGAGGCAGUAGUGGUGACCAAGUCAUCGCAACGGAAGCCCGAGCCGCCAAUCCCGUUCGCAAACCUACGGUCGUUGUACACAAUAAAGGUGGCCAAAUCUACGACGAGACCCGGCCAUCGGACUGGGACAAGCAACGCUGGAAGUAG